CAUAUAUAUAUAUAUAACCAGCUGGACCGUCACAUCCCAGCCGCUGUCUGUUCAAAGGAGAGACUGAAGAGCAGUGGGCGUGCUGCCGGGAGACAUUUCACUUGACAUUCAGCCAGACUCGCGAACAUGGCCAAGCCGCUGACCGACCAGGACAAGAGGAAGCAGAUCUCGGUCCGGGGGCUGGCCGGGGUGGAGAACGUCUCGGACCUGAAAACUAAUUUCAACAGGCACCUCCACUUCACCCUGGUGAAAGACCGGAAUGUGGCCACCAAGCGCGACUACUACUUCGCCCUGGCCAACACGGUCCGGGACUACCUGGUGGGCCGCUGGAUCCGGACGCAGCAGCACUAUUACGAAAAAGACCCCAAACGCGUCUACUAUCUCUCACUGGAGUUCUACAUGGGUCGCACUUUGCAGAACACCAUGGUCAACUUGGCCUUGGAGAACGCCUGUGAUGAAGCCACGUACCAGCUGGGUCUGGACAUGGAGGAGCUGCAGGACAUCGAGGAAGAUGCCGGUCUAGGCAACGGUGGUCUGGGUCGCCUGGCCGCUUGCUUCCUGGACUCCAUGGCCUCUUUGGGUCUGGCUGCCUAUGGAUACGGAAUCCGCUACGAGUUCGGCAUCUUCAAUCAGAAAAUCGUGGAGGGCUGGCAGGUGGAGGAAGCUGACGACUGGCUGCGCUACGGGAACCCCUGGGAGAAGGCUCGCCCCGAGUACAUGCGGCCCGUCCACUACUACGGCCGAGUAGAGCACACGGAUGAAGGAGUGAAGUGGGUCGACACACAGGUGGUUCUGGCUCUUCCUUAUGACACCCCAGUCCCUGGCUACAGAAACAACAUUGUCAACACCAUGAGACUGUGGUCCGCUAAGGCCCCCUGUGACUUUAACCUCAAGGACUUUAAUGUUGGCGGCUACAUUCAAGCUGUGCUGGACAGAAACCUGGCUGAGAACAUCUCCCGGGUCCUCUACCCCAACGACAACUUCUUUGAAGGGAAGGAGCUGCGUCUGAAGCAGGAGUACUUCGUGGUAGCGGCGACUCUUCAGGACAUCAUCCGGCGAUUCAAAGCCUCCAAGUUUGGCUCCACCGAGUUUGUACGACUAGACCUUUCUACGCUGCCGGACAAGGUGGCCAUCCAGCUGAACGACACCCAUCCUGCUUUGGCCAUCCCCGAGCUGAUGAGGAUCCUGGUGGACGUCGAGAAACUGACUUGGGAGAAGGCCUGGGACAUCGUGGUUCGUACCUGUGCCUACACCAACCACACCGUCCUGCCUGAAGCCCUGGAGCGCUGGCCCGUCGACCUCUUUCAAAACCUGCUGCCUCGUCACCUGGAGCUCAUCUACGAGAUCAACAGGAGGCACAUGGAGCGCAUCGGCAAGCUUUUCCCUGGAGAUCUGGACCGCCUGCGCCGCAUGUCCCUGAUCGAGGAAGGGGACGUCAAGAAAAUCAAUAUGGCCCACCUGUGCAUUGUGGGAUCUCACGCCGUCAACGGAGUGGCCCGCAUCCACUCUGAAAUCAUCAAAGACACGGUGUUCAAGGAUUUCUACGAAGCAGACCCUGACAAGUUUCAGAACAAGACCAAUGGCAUCACGCCCCGGCGCUGGCUGGUCAUGUGCAACCCCGGCCUGGCUGAGGUCAUCGCAGAGCGGAUUGGUGAGGACUACAUCCGUGACCUCGACCAGCUGAAGAACCUUCUGGACUUUGUGGACGAUGACGCCUUCAUUCGGGAUGUUGCCAAAGUCAAACAAGAGAACAAGAUGAAGUUUUCUGCCCACCUGGAAGAGCACUACAAGGUGAAGAUCAACCCCGACUCCAUGUUUGAUGUCCAGGUGAAGAGGAUCCACGAGUACAAAAGGCAGCUGCUCAACUGCCUGCACAUCAUCACGCUGUACAACAGAAUCAAGAAGGAACCCACCAAGUCAUGGACCCCCAGGACCGUCAUGAUUGGAGGAAAGGCGGCUCCCGGUUACCACACUGCCAAGAUGAUCAUCAAGCUGAUCACAUCAAUUGGAGACAUCGUCAAUAAUGACCCUGUGGUGGGUGAUCGCCUCAAAGUCAUCUACCUGGAGAACUAUCGGGUGACUCUGGCUGAAAAGGUCAUCCCUGCAUCUGACCUGUCGGAGCAGAUCUCCACAGCAGGUACUGAGGCCUCUGGCACCGGGAACAUGAAGUUCAUGCUGAACGGAGCCCUCACCAUCGGCACCAUGGAUGGAGCCAACGUGGAAAUGGCGGAGGAAGCUGGAGAGGAGAACCUCUUCAUCUUCGGCAUGAGGGUGCCCGACGUGAAGGCUAUGGAUGAGAAGGGCUAUGACGCCGAGUCGUAUUACAACCGUAUCCCCGAGCUGAAGCAGGCAAUGGACCAGAUAUCUGGAGGCCUCUUCAGCCCCAGCCAGCCGGACCUUUUCACAGACAUCGUCAACAUGCUGAUGCACCACGACAGGUUCAAGGUGUUUGCAGACUAUGAGGCCUACAUCACAUGUCAAGACAAAGUCAGCGCACUCUACAAGAACCCUAAAGAGUGGACCAAGAUGGUGAUUCACAACAUCGCCGGCUGUGGUAAAUUCUCCAGUGACCGCACCAUUACCCAGUAUGCCAGGGAGAUCUGGGGCAUGGAGCCCAACUUGGAGAAGAUCCCUGCUCCUGAUGAUCCUCGCUAAACCACCUCACUGUAGCUCACCAUGUGGUCCAAGCACUGGAGAACCACCCCCCUGUAGCUUUUUCACUGUGUACUGUGGCGUUAUUUCUUUACAUUAUUGACCUCCUAUAGCACCUUUAUUACUUCCAGUUCAUGUUGCAGUAACGUGUAUCGAACUAAUCCAGAAUCUGAAUUCUGUAUUUUCCCUCUAUGUACCAGCACUGCUGGGUAAAAACCUCCGUCACCUUGGAAUCGUGAAAACAUUGAAGACAUACUUCCUGAUUUUGUAACAGCGCCCACUAGUCCUCUAUUCCAAAGUUUCCACACCACUGAAGUUUGGAAAUUCAAAGCCAAAACAUCAUCCAGGAGCUGAGAGAAAUCUUGUGAGCAUGAUGGCAAAAUCAGAAACUAUGUCUUUAACUUAACAGGGAUUCAAACCACAAUUCUACCAUGUGGCUCCCAAAACCUUGCAAACCCGCCAAUAAACCUCAGCACUGUUAUGGUCCUGAACCAACCUGCCUACGUCUUCCAUGGAAGCUCAGUGGUUGACUGCACCGCGGCCUCGGAGCAGCACUACGGCUGGACGGUGUCUCCAUAGUCACCACAGAACAACAUUGAAUUAAUGUUUCGUCUUUAAAAAAAAGUGUGUGUGUGUGUGUCUCCGUGUGUCUCCGUGUGUGUGUGUGUGUGUGUGUGUGUGUGUGUGUGUGUGUGUGUGUGUGUGUCUGUGUCCCCGUGUGUGUGUGUGUGUGUGUGUCGGUUUAGCUGUGAUGUCCUCAGCAUGUUGUGUCCCAUUCUGCUGUGUCCUCUUCAUAAAAGUGACCUGUGUUAGAAGAUAACCAAGCCUUCUCUGCCUAAAAACCCAAAGUGACUGAAUUAAUCUUUGCAAGAAGUGUGUAUUCUGUAGUUAGUUGUGUGUUUAGCAUAUGUGAGUCCAUGACACUGGCGAUCAGCUUGAUCGGUGUAUUGUAAGAGCAUGCUGUCCUGCUACUGUCUGACUGUGGUGCUGCAGGAAAGAACCCCUCACUACGCUGAACCUCGCAUUUAACUUUGACCGUUUUCAUUCAGUCAAUAAAAGAGAACUACAUCAACAGCUCA